AUGGCGAAGCCCCCCGGCAUCUCCCAGGAUGACUGGGACUGGUGCAGGAGACUGCCAAAGGUGGAGCUGCACGCCCAUUUGAACGGAUGCGCCAGGGAUAGCACGCUGAGGGAGCUUGCCACCACAAGCGGAGUUCCCUACACCCCGGCAUUUGAUGUCCUGUCCCCAGAGGGCGGGGGGGGUCCACCCCCCCUGGAGGCCUGCUUUGCCCAGUUUGAUGCCAUACAUGCGCUGACUGGGUCGCACGAGGCCAUGGCACGUAUUGCGCGGGAGGCUCUGGAGGACGCUGCCAUGGAUGGCAUCGUGUACAUUGAGCUGAGGACCUCCCCCAAGGACAGGCCUGAGGCUGGCAUGGGCAUGGAGUCAUAUACUCGGGCUGUGCUGGAAGGCAUGGCGCGGUAUCGAGGGGAUCUGGGCAACGCCAGUGGCGCUGUUGAGGGCGACCCCUCCUCUGCCCUGCAGGCAAGCCUGAUCCUGAGCAUCGACAGGCGGCAUGGCGCGGCGUCCGCCGCGCGAGUUGUGGACCUCGCGAUUCGCCUGCGGCGGGAGGGUCACCCGGUGGUAGGCAUCGACCUGAGCGGCAACCCCAGCCUGGGCCGGUGGGAGGCCUGGUCCCCAGCGCUUGAUGCAGCCCGCCGCGCUGGCCUCAGGGUCACCCUGCACGCCGCCGAGGUGUGGAACCCAGAGGAGACUCGGGCCAUGCUGGAAUGGACACCAGACCGCCUGGGGCACAUGUGCUGCCUGGACGCUGAGCUGGAGGGCCUGCUGGUCAGGUCCCACAUUCCCCUGGAGCUGUGCCUCACCAGCAACGUCGUGACCCGCAGCGUGCCCAGCGUGGCAGAUCACCACUUUGGCUCGCUGCACCGUGCCAGCCACCCCAUAGCCCUCUGCACCGACGACUGGGCCGUGUUCAGGACGAGCCUCAGCCGGGAGGUGGCUCUGGCCAUGGCAGGCUUCGGUCUCAGUCGGAGGCAGGUCAAGGGCCUGAUGCUCGACGCGACACGCGCGGCCUUCCUGGGAGACCAGGAGCGCGCAGACCUGGAGGCCAGAUUUCAGGGCCUGCUGGAUGCCCUCCCGGACUGA